GUACAUCUUGGAAGGAUAGGAGGAACUAUCCGUUUAUACACUUUUUUUUCUUUUUCUUUUUCUUUUUUUCCCCCUCCCCUUUUCUUUGCUUCUAUUGUAUAUACAAAUAGAUAAAUAUUUAUAUAUAAUAUUUCUUUUUCGGUAUGAACAAGGUGGUACAACAAAAUAAAGCAAAAGACGAACUUUCCUCACCAGCACCAACAUCUUCUCUCGGUUUAAAAAGAACAUAUUCAGAAAUAUCAAUUAUAAAUGAAGUUCCUGAGGAUGAAAUAAGUACUUAUGAGUUACCGCAAGGCUAUGACUUUAAAAUAAAUGCUCCGCCAACAGAUAGGCCCGUUCGAAUUUAUUGCGAUGGUAUUUAUGAUAUGUUUCAUUUUGGACAUGCAAAAGCACUUGAACAAGCCAAAAAAGCAUUUCCCAAUGUUUAUCUUUUAGUUGGUGUAUGUAAUGAUGAAGAAACACAUAAAAGAAAGGGUAGAACAGUGAUGACAGAUAAAGAACGAUAUGAAUCUGUUAGACAUUGUAAAUGGGUAGAUGAAGUCAUUGAGGGAGCACCAUGGAUUGUGACACAGGAGUUCCUUGACAAAUAUCAAAUUGAUUAUGUUGCGCAUGAUGCAGAACCUUAUCAAUCAACCGAAUCUGGCGACGUCUAUGCAUUUGUUAAGUCACAAGGUCAAUUUUAUCCCACAAGACGUACAGAUGGUAUCUCUACAUCAGAUCUAAUUACACGUAUUGUACGUGAUUAUGAUAAAUUCUUGAGAAGAAACCUUGAAAGAGGUGUUUCAGCAAAGGAGUUGAAUAUUUCAUUUUUGAAGGAACAACAAAUAAAGACGAAAAAGAACCUUGAAAAAGUAAAGAACACAGUAUUGGAUCAUUUAGAUUUUUGGGAAUCACAAAGUCAUCAUUUCAUUACUGACUUUUCAAGUUUAUUUGGUGUACAAGAUGUAGUUGGUAACUUUUUAGCAAAGAGAAAAUUAAUUCAUAGUGGUGCUAGUACGCCUACUACAGGUGUAAGUACGCUUACAAAUAAACCACCUAUUGAUAAAGAUCAAUUAAAAGCAUCCUUAGACUCUAUAUCUGCAUAAUAUAAAAAUAAAUAAAAUAACUUGCCUUUUUUUUUUUUUUUUUUUUUUU